AUAGAGACUAUAGACAGAUUUUAAACAGACAAGUAUUGUGAUUAGGCUACUAGGUCUAUUAUAACAAAGCCAAAUAGUAAAUUGGUCUGAGUGCUGUAUUUUCUUGGUGAGCAGUUUGUGAAGGUGUAAACAGAGUAUGAUAAUCCUCUUAACAACAUAAGCACCAAGCUCAUUUUUUGUCCAUGUCCAGACUGUCGACCUUCCUGUCCAGACGUAUUAUGUCUGGUGGAAACAUAGUCCGCAUUAUGGAAAUAUUUGGCAUGGCAACCUCCACAGUUGUAGAAUAUGUGCAACCGUCCAAUUGACUUUUGCUAAGAGAGAGGUGUUGUUAAAGAACAUUUAUUUUUAUCCAACCUGAAAAUGUUGGGCAGUGAUACUCGGAAUUGGUUUGUGAAGAAGCAGAUGAGCGGCCGGGGACCAUCUGGCAAGAAGAAGAAAACGUGGACUGCCAAAAUCCUGAGGCACCAUAGGGAGCGGUUACUGAAGGAGCUGGAUAUCAACAAGGUGCUGCCAUACCUUGUGUAUGACAGGGUGUUCUCUCUAGUGGAAUGCAAGGACAUCCUGGGUUAUGACACCAAUAGGAAAAGGACAGAGAUAUUUCUGGACAAGUUGUCUUUGAAGGGCCCGGGGGCGUUCUGUUCUUUCUGCUCUGUUCUAGAGGAGGUGUGUCCACACUUGCUAACCUGUUUUCUGCUGGAUAUUGAAGAUCAGCCUGCGUUGAGGAGCUGUCACAAGCAGGAGGGGGGAGUCAUGGCUCCUCACAACCAGGGUGUGUUUCUAUCUCAGGAGCGUACAGUGAUGCACCCUCUAUUCAUCUAUAAUGACCCUCUCUUCAACACCAGUCUACACCCGGAGCACUGCGACACAGCCUCCUGCCUGCCUGCCUGGCUGCCCACUCCACCUGGCAUCCCUCCUCACACAGAGGCCUUUUUCCUCUCAACUUCCUCUUUCUCCCCUGAAGCUGGAGCCAUAAAUCACAGCCAGGCCAGUGCCUCAUCUCUCAGCUAA